CCCCCAGAUCCAUCCUCGCGCCGCCCUCCUUCUCCCGCAACCCCAAACCCGGCCCCACCGCCGAUAUCCACCCCCAACCCCAGCCCCAGCCCCGCCGGCGACCUCCUCCCUCACUCCUCGACUGCCCGGCGACAACCUCUACUUCAUACCCGCCGGCGACCUCCUCCUUCGACUCCACCAUCUCCUUCUCUCCACGCCGAAACCCUAGAUCGACGCCAUGGCCACCUCGCAGGCGGCGCAUGCAGGCCAUCCAAGACGGCGGGGCCAUGUCCGCCUCGUCUGUGGGGACGGAGGCGGCGGCGGUUGUCAGGAAGAUGGUGAACCUCAGCUCCCCUCCCCGGCGGUGCCGCCGCCGCUGCUUGUGCUUCUGUUGCUGGUCUCCAUCUCCUGCUCGCUCGCCCAUGGCAGCCCAGCUGUUGGAGGAGGACUUGGUGGUGCUAAGGAAUGGAGUACUGCAAGGACGGACGCCGCUUUCGUUGAACUUAGAAGGGAUCCAAAUAGGUUGUAACUGGGAGUAAAAUAUGUGUCUAAACUGAUCGUCUGGUGCGAAAAUCGACGACCAAGAUCCAGUUAUGUGUAUUGCAGGACAACACCUUUCAUUAGAUACACUUUGAUGCUAUUUAUAGCAUGAUUUUCUAUUUCAGACUUAAAACUAAAAUUCUGAACAACUAAAAUCGCUCUUGUUCCUUAUUUUUUUAGGGCGGUUCCUCUCGUUUUACUGGUUCGUCCUCUCCUUCAUGAUUGAUGUACUGGUUCGGGCCGCUCCUUCGUGAUAGACUCGGUUAACUCUUUGUUAGCCUUGUGGGUCGUAAUUCUUUCUCUCCAGACGCAUAUACUGCCUAAUGUAUUGCUCAUGCUCAUUCUGUACCGAGAUAGUCCUAAUAUCCAUAGGGUUGUAGAUUGAUUUCCCUUGAAAAAGCUAUGCUUCUUUCCUUGGAUGAUAAGCAUGUUCGGCAGCUAUGUGGAAUUCUUAAGAUAAACGGUCUUUAGUAUCUUUUGGUGCAUCUGCGUGCACGUAACAGUCUGUUAGUUUCUCUUUAUAUAAUGAAAAAAAUAUGCUGCUGUCGCUUGUUUAUUAUUAUCUAUCAUUUGUAGAUUGAUUUUUAGGCCACCUGUGCUUGUAUGUAUAAUUUCUAGUCUCUUGAAUGAAUAAUUUUUCUUUAUGUGUCAUGCGUCUUGUGUUACUACAUACAUCUGUCGUGAAGUACAUGGUUCCAGAACUAUGGUAACCCGUAGUUUGCUCUACCCGUGAUAGUAGGAUGAUGGAAGCAUCACUACUGAAUGUAGUUCAUGUUUCUUCAUAUAAUCAUCAUUUACUAGAGUUUCUCUUCUUCUUGCUACUGCUUGGUUUUUGACGCCACUAGCUUGUACUAAAACGUAAACACAUCAUAUUGUUUUCAUCAAACUAGUGUACCUUGAGCAUGCAAAGUAAACACAUGCUACUCCACUUGUCUAUUUGUACAUAAUUUUUUUUUAAAAUAAACCGAGCUAAUAAACCAAACGAUGCGAACACAUUCAGUUCUGAAAUUUGUCUACUCCACUUGUUUGAUUGUACUAAAACCUUUGUUUGCAUGUUUCUAAAAUACAGAGAAGAACACCCUGUGUUCUGGUAAAAUAUUUUUUUGCUAUGAUAUGAAAUCCCAUGAUGUGUGUGUUGUUUCAGUUUCUGUAGCUACAACAAAGUCCCAGUUUACUCUGUACUUGCGUUUGAUGAUUGCUGGCUAAAUUUACAGUUGAAAUAAUAGUAGCCAAGGAGUAGAUACAAGACGUAUUUACCGUAUUUUGCAUGGAAUGUUAAAAAUCAGUUUUGUUGUGGUUUCUUGUUCUGUCAGUCAAAUUGCAUAAGAUGGGAGUAUCACAACAUGCAUAUACUGAAGAUGGGAGUAUCACAACCUGAAUGUGCAGCUUAUGUAGUUUCUGUAUUUUUGUUAAAGCAUGGAGUAGCUUCUAUAGUUUCUGUAUUUUUGUUAAAGCAUGGAGUAGCUUCUAUAGCUUCCUCACAAGUUAAUGCUUCGCUCGUCCGGGUGUGUGAUAAAGCCAUUUGUCUUGUGCAAUCAGAUUACAUUUCUGUUUGUUAUGGUAAUAUAAAAAUAUUCGUGCUGUCAAAAUUUUCACAGUGCGUGUCUUUCAUUUCUUUAAUUUGAUUGUUUCCCUUGUAUUCAAUAUGCUUCUAGUGGCUGAUCCUUCCAUUUUUGUUGUGGCAUAUUUAUUUUCACAGGUGUUGUGUGUUCUGGAAGAUGGAAGAGGAAGAAAUUGUUGAACUAAAUUUUCUGUAUUCUGUUUUGUUGUACGUAUCAUUUGAUAGUUUUGUAUAGGAACAAGUGAUACUAUUUUGUAGGGCUUUAUGGCCUGUGAUGUAAACAUAUUUAGUGCUGAAAUAUGAAAUUAUUUGCAAAAUUUGUCAAAAAGGUGGAUCAUAUGUAUGAAUAUGUGAAUGGGCUGAAAAGAGUACUGGACCAACUCCAGGAUUGAAUUAA